UUAAGUAUACGGAAAUUAAUCCAUAAUGUUAUUUACCGUACUCGGAGUAAUUGCUCUCUUCCUGAGAGAAAGAAACACCUAUUCCACCGUCUCAGGUCAAGAUGAAAGCUUCGACCGUCAAAAAGGAUUGGUCACAGUACACCCUGUGGCCAAACGUGAUGGUCGAGAAAUCGGUGACUCGUGUGAAGAAUCAUCUUUGCACCUGGAAGAACAGAUCAAGGUUCCGACUGACCAACCGUCACUGGAGGAACCUGUUGAUGGUCAGAGCGAAGAACCAUCACUGGUAGAGCCUGUCACUGUUCCCGGUGAAGAACAAUCACUGGUAGAGCCUGACAUGGUCUCUGCUAAGCCCGGCUGUAGUCAUGAUGACCCUCCAAAUGUGGUAUCUGCUAAGCCCGGCUGUAGUCCUAAUGAACCUUUAAAUGUGGUCUCUGCUAAGCCUGGCUGUAGUCAUGAUGACCCUCAAAUUGUGGUCUCUGCUAAGCUUGGCUGUAGUCAUGAUGACCCUCCAGAAGUGGUCUCUGCUAAGCUCGGCUGUAAAGAUGUUGGUAAAGAUGCAACCUGUCAGACAAAGGGCGCUGUUCCACCUCAGCCAAAAAAGAAGGAUAAAGACACAAACAUCAUUGAGAUCAACUCAGAGCACUAUGAAAUCGGUGCUGAGCUGGGCAAAGGAGGCUAUGGAAGCGUUUUCGCAGGAACCCGUUUAAAAGAUGGCCUUCAGGUGGCAGUAAAAAUUGCAGUUUUCAGGCCUAAGCGACUCUUCCAUGUAGAUGAUUUGAACCAGCUACUUCCAGCGGAGAUCGCUCUGCACUUUCUUGCCACUAAAGGCCCCGAGGUUAAAGAACUCGUUCAGCUUCUGGAUUGGAAGGUGGAGGCUGGGCGCUACUUUAUGGUCCUAGAGCGGCCCAUACCCUGUGUGAGUGUAGGUGAUUUUUUAAGAGACCACCGAGGCAGGAUCCCAGAGGACGUGUUAAGGAAAAUCAUGUUCCACACAACAAUUGCAGCUGAAACAUGCCACUCACGCGGAGUGCUUCACCGUGACAUCAAGCCUGACAACUUGCUGAUGAACCCGCAAACCUUUGAAGUUAAACUGACUGACUUUGGUUGUAGUGUUCACCUUACUAAGGACUAUUACACAACCUAUUUGGGCACAGAGCAGUUUAUCCCUCCUGAGUUUAAAAGGGGUGGCUAUUACUUCGGUGAUUCAGCGACAGUGUGGUCACUUGGGAUUCUUCAGUUUUUGCUAAUGUAUAAAAAAUUUCCAGAAAACCCUGACCUCCGCAGGAUAAAAAACAAAACUUUUUACCAGUUUGGAAGGUCAGAAGAAUGCUGUGAUUUCAUCAGCGGUUGUCUGCAAACUAACCCCUGGUCUCGGAGUAAGCUGCAUGCACUCCGUGUCCAUGCCUGGUUUAAGAAAAUUAUAAGAAAGAUCUAA